AUGAAGAGAAAACAACGGAAUACACUGCUACUGGUAGGCAUCUGUUCAGCGAAUCCAGCUAUUGCAGCCGACAAACUUAGCAACUUCACCUUCAAGUUAUUGCCGCCUAAAAUUACCUCCCUCAUUCAGCCCUGCGAAUUAGGGAUAAUCAGAAACUUGAAAUGCCACUACAGACAAGCAGUAGUCAAGAGAGUCAUCGAUGCCAUCGACACAUCCGUUUCUUCAGUCACUGCCAACGACCUCUCACGGAAAAUGACGGUUUUUGACGCCAUUCACCUACUGACCAAAGCCUGGAAAGCAGUAACCCCCACGACUAUCAAGAACUGUUUCCGGAAAGGACGUUUCCGUCACCCAAUCAUAGCCGACACGCCAACCUAUGAGGAGCCUUUCCAACCCAUAACGUCAAACAUGAUCACUGCCACAUUUGAUAAGUACGUCCAACUCGACUAUGACCUGAAAACCCGAGUCAUUCCAACUGCCUAG